AUGGAUUACUUAUUAAGUUUGGAUUCUGCGGGGGAGUUUGGGUCGAUCAAGCGAGAAGACAUCAGCAGCAACCACAACAGCAGCAACAGCAGCAGCAGCAGCAGGAGCAGCAGCAGCAGCAGCAGCAGCAGCAAAGGCUCCCCCUGCAGCCGGGUGUACAGACUGCUGCAGCUCAUCGUACAGCCCGAGUGGCAGCGCCUGGCGGACCCUUCAUCAGCUGAGUGGUUGGAGGCCUUCAAUCGCCGUGUAGCAGCAAGAGAGCCGCUUACCUCUCCUGCUGCUGCUGCUGCUGAUGCUGCUGCUUUUGCUGCAGCAGAAGCAGCAGCAGCAGAUGCUGCUGCUGCUGAUGCAGCUUCGUCAGCUGCUUGGACUGCAUCAGCGGGAUCAGAUACAACUGCAGCAGCAACUGCAGCAGCAACAGCAGCAACUGCAGCAGCAGCAGCUCCUGUCUCCGUAGACGAAAAGCCUCCUGCUGCUGCUGCUGCUGCUGCUGCUGCUGCUGCUGCUGCUGCUGCUGCGUUUGAUGAUUUUACUCCUAAGGAGCAGUUUUUGCUGCUGAGCAAAGUUACAAGUAGAAUACGUCGGCUGCGGGCAGUGGCGGAGUGCGAGGCCUCCCGGCCGGUGGAACUCAACCAAGUCCUCACCUACGCCAAGCGUUUAGCGGGUUGUGUAUCUGCCCCUCCCGAGAGCAGCAACACGGUGGACGCAUCGAUGCAAGAAACAGACAAAAGAGACAAACAUGCUGCAGCAGGAAGAGAUGAGACACUCAGAGCAGACACCCAGGCUGCAGGAGCAGCAGCAGAGUCCCGACCAACAGCAGCAGCAGCAGCAGCAGCUGCAGCAGCAGCAGCAGAAGCAGCAGCAGCAGCAGCAGCACAAGCGCCUGGCGUGUCUCAGUUCCAUGGACUUAUGCUGGGAACGGCCAGGCGGAGACAGCAGCAACGGCAGCAAGAAGAAGAAGAAGGCAGCAGCGACAGCAGCAGCGGCAGCAGCAGCGACGGAGACUAG